AUGUCUUUCGAUCUCGCCAAACUCGAGGCUCACCUCACGACCCGCUCGUACAUUGAAGGGUACACGCCGUCGCAGGCGGAUGUGCACGUCUUCAAGGCGCUCAGCGCCGUCCCAGACUCCAAGACUUCCCCUCACGCCGCUCGCUGGUACACCCACAUCAAGUCGUAUGAGUCCGAGUUCGACUCGCUGCCCGGCUCGAGCACGGCAGGCGAGGCCUUCACUAAGGCUGCUGCGCCCGCCGCGCCCGCGCCUGCUGCCGAGGAGAACGAUGACGAGGUCGACCUGUUCGGCUCCGACGAGGAGGUCGACGAGGAGGCCGAGCGUAUCAAGGCCGAGCGCGUCGCUGCUUACAACGCGAAGAAGGCAAACAAGCCCAAGACCGCUGCCAAGUCCGUCGUCACCUUUGAGGUGAAGCCGUGGGACGAUGAGACCGAUAUGGUUAAGCUCGAGGAGGCCGUGCGCUCCGUUGAGAUGGAGGGUCUCGUUUGGGGUGCCAGCAAGCUCGUUCCUAUCGGCUACGGUAUCAAGAAGCUCCAGAUUACCAUCGUUGUUGAGGACGACCUCGUCUCCCUCGAGGAUCUCGCCGACAAGGUCGCCGAGUUCGAGGACUACGUCCAGAGCACCGACGUCACUGCCAUGCAGAAGCUCUAG